AUAAAAUCAAGCACCUAGGCAUGCAGACUGCUUCUACAAACAUUUGUGAAAGAAUGGGUUGCUCACAGGAGCUCUGUGAAUUCAACCAUGGUACCAUGAUAAGUUGCCACCUAGUCAUUAAGUCUAUCCGUGAAAAUUCCUUGCUACUAAAUAUUCCACGGUCAACUGCUAGUGGUAUUAUAACAAAGUGGAAGCAACUGAGAACAACAGAAACUCAGCCACAAAGUGGUAAGCCAAGUAAAAUGACAGAGCAGGAUCAACAUGAAGGGCACAGUGCGCAGAAGUCGCCAACUGUUUGCAGAGAC